AUGACCUUUAACAUAAUCAAACUCCUCCUGCUUUCACUCCCAUUCUUCACCCUUCACUCCCCGGCGAUAUCCCAGAGGCCCGAUCACACCGCAUCGUCAUACGCCGGACGCCAUGGGGAGUGGACUCUAUUGCAGACAAGCAUAGGCAUAACAGCAAUGCACAUGCAACUCUUACAUGAUGACAAAGUUGUCAUCUUCGACCGUACAGAUUUCGGCAAAUCCAACAUUUCCCUUCCUGGUGGCCGCUGCCGGAAUGACUCCAAGGACCAGGCUCUGCAGGUAGAUUGCACUGCGCACUCCGUCCUCUACGACGUUGCCACCAACUCAUACCGUGCUUUAAUGGUCCAAACUGACACUUGGUGCUCUUCUGCUGCAGUUUUGGCUAAUGGAACCUUAGUUCAAACUGGUGGAUUCAAUGAUGGAGACCACGUGAUUCGUAUGUUUACUCCAUGUUUGAAUGGAAUCUGUGACUGGAUCGAGUUCAGAAACUAUCUGUCACAGAGAAGAUGGUAUGCAAGUGAUCAAAUCUUGCCGGAUGGAAGAAUUAUCAUUGUUGGUGGUAGAAGGCAAUUUAACUACGAGUUCUAUCCUUCUCGUUCUGGUACUUUUGAGCUUAGUUUUUUAAGGGAGACUUACGAUAAAAGCGAAGAGAACAAUUUGUAUCCAUUUCUGCAUCUCUUACCAGAUGGAAACUUGUUUGUUUUUGCUAAUACUCGAUCGAUAUUGUUAGAUUAUAAUCAAAAUCGUGUGAUCAGAGAGUUUCCUCGGAUUCCUGAUGAUGUUUCUCGUAAUUAUCCAAGCACAGGAUCCUCAGUUCUACUUCCUUUAGAUGAAAACAAUGGCAGGAUUGAAGCUGAAGUUCUGAUUUGUGGGGGUGCACGAAGGGGCUCAGAUCUACCAGCCAAGAGAGGAGUCUUUCUUCCUGCAAGUUCUACAUGCGGACGUCUGGUGGUCACUAAGCAAAACCCUAGUUGGGUAAUGGAAACCAUGCCAACUUCACGAGUCAUGAGCGACAUGCUGCUACUUCCCACCGGCGACGUCAUUAUCAUCAAUGGCGGCAGAUCAGGCACUGCUGGGUAUGAUUCUGCGAGAGACCCUGUAACUACUCCAGUCAUAUACCGUCCAUCUCAGCACCCUGACUGGCGUUUCUCGACGAUGUCACCAUCAUCAAAGCCAAGAAUGUACCACUCCUCCGCGAUUUUAUUGACGGAUAGUCGUGUUCUAGUGGGUGGCAGCAACCCCCAUCCGGCCUAUAGUUUCACCGGCGUAGUAUUCCCAACUGACUUGAGCUUGGAGGCAUUUUCACCGCCAUACUUAUCAGAAGAGUACGAGUACAUAAGGCCAAGAAUUUUAUCGGCGGACCAGACAUUAGGAUAUCAGAAGACAUUCUCAGUGAGUUUCCAGGUUGACGAGUAUUUAUCAGACACGGUUUUAUCAGUAAGAAUAGUUUCACCUUCUUUCACUACACAUUCAUUUGCUAUGAAUCAGAGGAUGGUGGUGCUGAAGAUGAGUUCCAUCACUCAUCAGUUGUCUGAUUUGCAUACUCUGAAUGCUGUUGGACCAUCAACAGCUGAGAUUGCACCAGCAGGAUACUAUCUGUUGUUUGUGUUACAUGGUAACAUACCUAGUACUGGUGCAUGGGUGAAGAUUGGAUGAUGGAG